AUGUCUGAAGCACGAUUCAGAAUGCCGAAUAUUAGAGAAAUCGAACAGCUUAAUCUUGAUGAAUUUGCAACUAUUUCGAAAGGUAGCAAAUAUUUGAACGCUUUUUUUAUAUACAGAAAAGAAUAUACGAAACGGUCCAUAGCAAGUGGAAUAAAAAUGAGAAUGACAGAAGUCUCAAAAUUGGCUUCUCAAGCAUGGAAGAACGAAAACCCAAAGAUUAAAAAAGCGUACACAGACGUUUCAAAAAGAAUCGAGAAAAAAAGACAAAGAGAGAGAACUUAUCAGAUUAUCUUUGAUGUAAACGUGGGAAGAAUCCAAGCCGCUAUGCCAGAGAAUCCAAAUUCCCCCAUAUCCAGUCAAUUUGAUUAUCCUCCGAAUUCGAAUACUCCUCAGAAUGAAGAAUCCUUGUUAAAUGCAAAUAUCUUCUUCGAAUCUUUAACUGAAGAUCAAUAUUAUCAAUAUUAUUUUAAAUUUCCGUGGUG